UAUGCACAAACACUGUUGGCAUUUUGUUAAGCCGAGGAGGCACGAGCGCAUUGCUGUAACAUCUUGUCCAACGCGAUAUGUAACGUGAUUAUUUAGAGAUUAGCUUAGGUGGUGUAAAUGUACGGAGUAGACGUGGAGAUGAUUUAGAUGUAUUACGUCACGUGCAAGCUGAUAUUACUAGAUCCUGCUGGUGCUGGAAAUUCGAUUCAUGUACAGCAUUUCGGCUGGAAGACUGACAGCUGUAAAAAAAAAGAGACAAAGGCUAUAGCUAACCCAUCAAUGUCGUUGUCUCUCUCUCCUUGUUCAACACUGACUGCGUUACUUGUGACAAGAUGUAGUUCAGUUGUUUUGGAGCAGUCGCACUCAUUAGACAAGCUGAAUUAAUGUCACUUGUCAAUUUGGCGAGCUCAAUUGUUGUCUACAAUACUAUACAUAUAUGGACACAUUGGGCACACUGAGUGUCAUUUGCUAUAGACAGGAACAUUUGGUUGGUAGAACAUUGCCUUCCCUUUACUGGCGACUGUUAUUGCACUCUGUUCAGUGCUGUUCAUGUGCUGAGUUUGUGUAACAAGAAGGCAUUUGUCUAUCAAGGUGAGUGUCAUCACGUGUCACAGAUUAACAGUCGUCUAGAAGCUGCAGCACACACAACGUUUGAAGAUGUUGGGAAACAUUGCCAAUAUUAUCUUUGGUACUAGUGCAGCAGAGGCAAACCAUGCCAGCGAUUGCCACAUCACAACUCAGGAAGCCGAGGGUUGGGUGCUUGUGGAUGCAAAUCAGCCAAAUGCAAAGGAUGGCGCGGAGGAGCGCAUCGGCGGGGGGGGCGGCGGUGGGGGCGGCUCGGCACAGCCCGACCGCGAGCAGUCGUCGUCGACGCCGUCGUCCGACUCUGGUUCGUCGAGCUUCCCGGGACACGUCGAGGAGGGCUGGUACGUGACGCCACCGCCGUGCUUCACGGGCAGCCGCGCGGGACCCGUCGAGCUCGAGACGACGACGCUCGAGAACAUGCUCAUCGAGCACCCGAGCAUGUCCGUCUACGGCUCGAUGCACAGCCUGCGCUCCCAGCAAUGCCGCGCCGCCCGGGACGCAGAGGAGGAGGAGGAGGAGGAGGAGGAGGAGGAGGGGGACGAGGAGGAGGAGACGGAGGAAGCAGAGGAGAACUCGCCCCCGCAGUGUGGUGCUGCACAGCGCGGGUGGAUACAUCACCCGCGUCGUCCGGGCGUCGUGCACGGCGCCGCCCUCAACACCAUUCAGGAGAAGCAGGCUCUGCUAUCUAUGCAAAAGCUGGAGACGCGGGAUCGCUACCUGCAGUGCCGGAGGUCGCAGCUCGAGCGCAGCAACAAGGCGCGAGAGGUGCACGCGCGCGGCAAGCGUCACCGCAGGAAGCACUACGCGAGCAAUCCCAGCGGCCGCAGCAACAAUCGGCAGAGCUUCCGCUGCUGAGGUCGACUCCACGCGUAGCUUAAUAAUGGCGGCGCCGCCGUCUAGGUGAAUUCUUGUCAACUUUGGUGCGCGUAUCUUUAAUAUCGCCAUCGAGCAUUGUUUGUUUUGUGCAAGGAAGUAUCUCGUCGUGUGUUCAGUGUGUCCCUGUGUCCAAUUAGGUGGUGUGCUUAAUGUAGAACAUUUACAAGAGUAAGUAAUGCUGCUAAAUGUAAUGCUAUGAAUUAAUUUAGACAUUAAAAAUAGAGUAAUUUUGCAGUAAAAGAGCGCUGUUUUCCUGGUAUGGGAAAUGAGCCCCUGUAAUGGGGCUCUAGUUAUUAUUAGCUCUUGAUAAUUACCAUUUUAACACUUUAGACCAUUGUGUGUGCAUGCGUGUUAGGGCUUGCGUGCGUGCGUGCACGCAUGUGUACAUGUGGGAAGUCUUUGUAAUCAAUAUUAAUAUUGAAAUAGGACUAAAUAAUUCAAAACUUGUGGAAAAACCAAAAAUAUUUUUAUUUGGGUAUCAGUGUGGUGGUGUGGUAUAAGUAUAGAAGCAGUGGGUAUUAUAUGUAAUAUUGUUUUUAUUUAAACUACCUAGUCCUGCUGUUAAUAUCUAUACGAAGUCGCGGCAACUGCUGCGCUGAUUGCGUUUCCCCACGUACCUUCGUGUGUAAACACAUUUACAGUCUGUACGUGUAGAACAAUAGCAGGAACUACAUGCAUAUUGUCCAGUUACGAGGUUUCCUCGGUCUCAUUGCAUCUGUACAUGCGUAUUUCGUGUUGGUUGCACAGCGCAAUAAGUGAUUGCCUACUGAAUUGUGUAGUAGAUUGCGUGUGUGCGAGCGCGUGUGUGAAUCCUUUUCUGACAAGAUGCAAACGUUGAGAGACAGUUUGUAAGUCAGUUUGAAUGGUACGUAGUUGCUAGCAUGAUUUUAACAAGGUUUUUGUUAUCUCGGUUUGUUGUUGGCGGUUAUACGUCACUGCUUUUCGACACCCGCUCGCGCGUGCGCCGGUUUUAACGUUGAAGGUCAAAGCGGUCUCGCGAGACCAUACUACAUAGUUUUAUAGCAUCGUUUAGUGUAGUAUAGGUAAUCAUACGUGGUGCUGUGCUGUGCUUAGCUUAUGUUUAUGUUGAUUUCUAUUUUAAGCACGUAGCAUAGGCCACGAUUCUCAUAAUAUCUGAUAAUAUCCCUCUGCUCACCGAGCAUAUUUAUUUUACUGACUGCAGUCUUAGAUUUGUAAAUUUUAAGAUUUUACGAUUGUAUAUAUAUAUAUAUAUGUAUGUGUGUGUGUGUGUAUAGUUUUCAAAGGACAAGAUCGGUGGAAUGCUGUGCACAUGCGCUGCCCCCACACCUCCCGGGGCUGGCAGUGACACAGGUGGGAGGUGGUGAGUGACACGCCAAAUCAGUUGUGGAGCAACACUUAUAAAGAACGUGAACGUUGAGCGUGCGUGCGUGCAUGUGGGCGAGCGAGUGGGUGGGGUGGGGUGGUGUGGGGUGGAAACGUAGACUCGCCGCACAGUCCAUCAGGGGGAGGGGGUGGUGGAGUGCUGGUCCAGGAGUCCAGGAGUGCAGAGAUCUCAUGGCGAGCGUGCUUUUUAUCAGAUACGAUGACGUGACCUUGCAGAGACAGGUUAGACUGUCAGGCUGCAGACUCUUCACAGGGUCGCAAUACCUUGUCUAGAAUUGUGUGUGUGUGUGUGUGUGUGUGUGUGUGUGCGUGCGUGUGUGCGUGCGUGCGUGCGUGCGUGCGUGUGUGUGCGCGCGCGUCCAUGGGUGUGCGUGUGCGUGUGCACCAGCAUUUGUGUGCGUGUGCAGGCAUUUGUCUAGCCAGGCUGACAGUCCUGGGUGAUCUCACCCAUUUCUCAAACGCUGUUUCCCGUCGGUUCGUCUGUUAUGUUACUUGCUAUUUAUAUUAUAAAACGUUGAGCUGUGCUCAUCUGAGAUUACUUAUGCGAAAUAGAUGCUGGACCUAAAGCUAAGUAAAUGUUCCAGCGUGCCCCCAACGGGCUGUCGUAUACUACGUGUAAAAAUUAAAGCAAUUUAUCGGGGGUUAAUAAUGACAAAUAUAAUGACAAUAAGCACAUGUUAUAUUAAAUUCUAAACGUGUAACCAACUGACAACAAUAGUUCCAUCUAUAAAGCACUGCCUACAGUAAAUUGUUAAUGAACUUGUUGUGCUGUGGAGCAGGGUGUGUAUGUUUUGAUGUUAAUUGCAAUACUGCACGUGUUGGAGUGAAUGCACUAUAUAUCAUUAUCUUUCUCGAUGUGCAAUGUAUAUUCCUCUGAGUGAAUCCUAGCAUAUCGAAAAAUGAGCCUAUAUCACUGCAUGAGAUGCAUUCAAGGAUGUUUAUAUUAGGAAUUACUCCUCACAUAGAUUUUGAAUUAUAUUCCUGUUGAUAGUGUGUAGAGUGCACGUAUGAUAGAUAGUGUAGCAAGAAUAGAUUGUGGUUCCAUCGCUGUGUGUGAUCGGUAUGGUGUGCAUAUCAACUAUAUACUAGGUACUGCAUAGGUUUUGUGUAAUGUCAAACCAAGAAUAUUGGUCAUACCUACUGUCACCUGUAUUGUGUGACACGGAGGGAUCCACGUGACGUUGGUUGACUCAACAGAUGCAUUUAUUGCUUAGAUGAGGCUUAGCAGGUUAUGCCAGUGACAUUGGGUGCAUUAAUGUGAUGUCACUAGCUGCCUGUCUUGCACCGUUUCAUCGAGUCUCGUUAUUGCACGCCCCCAUGCCAGGGUGUGUUCGGGGUAUGGUUGUACUGCUUGAGAAUGCCUUAUUAUACUACCACUUGUAUGCUGGUCAUCAAAACGUGCCUCGCAAGUUCCCUACUUGCACAUUGAAAAAUCACCCUGCAUCUAUAUUGACAUAAUUCGCAGUGUUUAAUAUAGAAUCGUUACUAAUAAAUAUAGCAAUUUGUUUGAAAAUUUA